AUGGAGGACCCUUACCAUGUCUAUCUCUUCGGAGAUCAAACGGGUGAUUUCGAAGUCGGUCUCCGUCGUCUCCUACAGGCAAAGAAUCACACAAUCCUCUCGGCUUUCUUUCAGCAGAGCUACCAUGCACUGCGGCAAGAGAUCUCGAGUCUUCCACCAACUGAGCGCAGCAUAUUUCCUCGGUUUACAAGCAUCGUUGAUCUCCUAGCGAGGCACUGCGAGUCUCCUGGGAACCCUGCGCUGGAGAGCGCGUUGACUUGCAUAUAUCAAUUGGGAUGCUUUAUCAAUUACUAUGGUGACCUUGGUCAUGCCUAUCCCUCGAGUUCCAAGAGUCAACUUGUUGGGUUGUGUACGGGACUGCUCAGCUGCGCCGCCGUCAGCUCUGCGAAUAACAUUGGCGAAUUACUAAAGCCGGCGGUCGAAGUGGUGGUUGUGGCUCUUCGAUUAGGGCUGUGUGUCCUCCGCGUGCGGAAUCUCGUCGAUCAAGUUCACGCAGCGCCGGCCAGCUGGUCAGCUCUCGUGUCCGGCCUCAAUGAAGCCGAGGGCAUGAGCUUGAUUGAAAGUUUUAGUAACGAUAAUGGUAUCGCUCCGGCGUCUCGACCGUACAUAAGUGCAGUCUGCGCAAACACGUUGACUAUCAGCGGGCCCCCAGUCAUCCUCAACCAAUUUUUGGAAACGGCUAUUCCACGGCAGCAUAAGGCUGUGAGAGCUCCAAUUUAUGGGCCUUUCCACGCCUCUCACUUGUACGAUGGCCGAGACGUGCAGAGGAUUCUAGAGUCCUGCGACUUGGAAACCAUAUGCAAAUACAAGCCCCAGUUCCCGGUUCUUUCGAGCAACACGGGCAAACUCAUUGAAGUCGGAAACAUGAAAGACUUCCUCGAAGUUGCCUUGAGAGAGAUCUUACUCCACCAAAUGUCUUGGGACAAGGUGACAGAUUCAUGCAUAUCGGUUUUGAAGUCAGUGGGUGACCGCAGACCCAAGAAGUUGUUUCCAGUCUCUACCUCGGCUACGCAAAGUCUUUUCAACUCUCUCAAGAAAGCGAACUUGACGAACAUCGAAGUUGAUGGAGGAAUUGGCGACAUUACGGCGGAGGCUCAGCCUGUCAAUCACACGGGCAGGACGGAGUUUUCCAAAAUAGCUAUUAUCGGAAUGUCGGGACGAUUUCCAGAAGCUGAUAGUCCCCAGGACUUUUGGAACCUCUUAUACAAGGGCCUCGAUGUACACAGAAAAGUACCGGAAGACAGAUGGGAUGCUGACGCGCACGUUGACCUCACGGGCGCCACCAGGAAUACAAGCAAGGUCCCUUACGGAUGCUGGAUCCGGCAGCCUGGUUUAUUCGAUCCUCGCUUCUUCAACAUGUCACCGCGUGAGGCGCUCCAAGCAGACCCUGCUCAACGUCUUGCAUUGCUUACAGCGUAUGAGGCGUUGGAAGGGGCUGGAUUUGUUCCGGAUAGUACACCAUCCACGCAAAGAGACAGAGUCGGUAUCUUCUACGGGAUGACCAGUGACGAUUACCGUGAGAUUAAUAGCGGCCAAGACAUUGAUACAUACUUCAUCCCAGGUGGCAACCGCGCUUUUACUCCAGGACGGAUCAAUUAUUACUUCAAGUUCAGCGGACCUAGUGUUAGUGUCGACACGGCCUGCUCAUCUAGUUUGGCAGCUAUUCAUCUAGCCUGCAACUCGAUCUGGCGAAAUGACUGCGACGCGGCCAUUGCCGGUGGUGUGAAUAUCUUGACCAACCCAGACAACCAUGCUGGUCUUGACCGUGGUCACUUUCUUUCUACGACCGGGAACUGUAACACGUUUGACGACGGGGCCGAUGGAUAUUGCAGGGCGGACGGUGUUGGGACAGUUGUUCUGAAACGACUUGAGGAUGCUCAGGCUGACAAUGAUCCGAUCAUUGGAGUCAUCAACGGCGCAUACACGAACCAUUCGGCCGAGGCAGUCUCGAUUACCCGCCCCCAUGUCGGAGCGCAGGCAUUUAUCUUCAAGAAGCUGCUCAACGAAGCAAAUGUCGACCCCAAGAGUGUCAGCUACAUUGAGAUGCACGGAACCGGUACUCAAGCUGGGGAUGCGGUUGAAAUGCAGUCGGUCUUAGAUGUCUUUGCUCCAGACCAUAAACGCGGGCCAGGACAGUCGCUCCAUCUGGGCUCAGCGAAAUCUAACAUAGGCCACGGUGAAUCAGCAUCGGGUGUGACCUCUCUCGUGAAGGUGCUGUUGAUGAUGAAGGAAAAUAUGAUACCACCGCAUUGUGGGAUCAAGACAAGGAUCAAUCACAACUUCCCAACCGACUUAGCACAAAGGAACGUCCACAUCGCGCUUGAGCCAACGGCUUGGAAUCGACCCUCCUCAGGAAAACGCCGAUUGUUCUUGAACAACUUUUCCGCUGCUGGCGGAAAUACCGCGCUCCUGCUGGAAGAUGCUCCCAUCUCCGAUCGCGAUGGACAAGAUCCUCGAAGUACACACGUGGUGGCUUUAUCUGCCCGAUCUCAAACGGCUCUUCGGAACAAUAUCGACUCAUUGUGUCAGUUUAUCAGUGAUCAAGGAAAGACUUUCGGGGUCAACGACAGCAACACCCUUCCAAGUUUGGCAUAUACAACAACGGCGCGCCGUAUACACCACCCUUUCCGAGUAACUGCUAUUGGGUCCAGCCUACAAGAGCUGCGUGACUCUUUAAGUGCAAGCUCCAAGAAGGAUAUCACGGCAGCGCCCGCCAAGCCUCCUGGUAUCGGUUUCCUCUUUACCGGCCAGGGUGCUCAAUAUGCAGGUAUGGGCAAGCAGCUGUACGAGGAGUGUUCUCACUUCCGAUCUACCAUUGAGCACUUUGAUUGCAUUAGUCAAAGUCAGGGUCUUCCUUCCAUCCUCCCUCUUAUUGAUGGCAGCGUGCCCUUGAGCGAGCUGAAUCCCGUUGUGGUGCAGCUUGGAACUACAUGCGUGCAAAUGGCCUUGACUAGUUUCUGGUCGUCUCUGGGCAUUAAGCCAUCUUUUGUUCUUGGGCAUAGCCUUGGAGAUUUCGCAGCAAUGAAUGCUGCUGGUGUGCUGUCAAUUAGCGAUACCAUUUACGCUUGUGGCCGUCGAGCCCAGCUACUCACAGAGCGAUGUCAACCAGGAACACAUGCUAUGCUGGCUAUCAAAGCUCCAUUGCUAGGUGUCAAACAGCUUCUGAAAGAGGGCGUACAUGAUAUGGCCUGCAUCAACUCACCAUCUGAAACUGUUAUUAGUGGUCCCAGAAAGGCCAUCGAUGAGCUCUCUCAAGAUUGUUCAAAGCAAGGAUUGAAAUCAACCGUGCUGACCGUGCCUUAUGCCUUCCAUUCUGCUCAGGUUGAGCCUAUACUGGAGGACCUGGAGAAGAUACUGCAGGGUAUCACCUUCAACAAGCCUUCAGUGCCUUUUGUUUCGGCAUUGCUUGGUGAAGUAAUCACAGAAGCCGAUCCCAAUAUCCUCAACUCGAAGUACUUGGUGAGACACUGUCGGGAAACCGUCAAUUUCUUGAGUGCUUUCGAAGCGCUGAGGAAUGCAAAGCUCGGCGGUGAUCAGACUCUCUGGCUCGAGGUUGGUCCACAUACAAUCUGUUCGGGAAUGGUGAAGGCUACGCUUGGACCGCAAACAACCACUGUGGCAUCACUGCGGCGCGAUGAGGACUCCUGGAAGAUCCUCUCGAACAGCCUUUCAAGUCUCUACCUAGCGGGCGUCGACAUCAACUGGAAACAAUACCAUCAGGACUUCUCCUCCAGCCAUCGAGUGCUUCCACUACCGGCCUACAAAUGGGAUCUGAAGAACUACUGGAUACCCUACAGGAACAACUUCUGUCUCACCAAGGGUGCACCUGUGGCUGCUGUGGCUGCUUCACCACAGGCUACUUUCUUGACGAUCUCUGCCCAGAAGGUCGUGGAGAGUCGCGACGAUGGGUCAUCGGCAACAGUGGUGGUGCACAACGACAUAGCAGACCCUGAUCUAAACCGAGUUAUCCAGGGCCACAAGGUUAAUGGUGCUGCACUUUGUCCUUCGUCUCUCUAUGCCGACAUUGCUCAGACGCUGGCUGAAUACCUCAUCGAGAAGUACAAGCCAGAGCUCAAAGGCUUAGGUUUGGACGUAUGCAAUGUGACAGUUCCAAAGCCUCUUAUUGCAAAGACUGGAAAAGAGCAGUUCAGGGUCUCGGCGACUGCUAAUUGGGCAGACAAAUGCGCGUCAGUCCAAGUCUACUCCGUUACGGCGGAGGGCAAAAAGCUCGUUGACCACGCAAGCUGUGAAGUUCGAUUCUUCGACUGCGCCGCCUCCGAGCAAGAGUGGAAGCGAAGCUCAUAUUUGAUCAAACGAAGCAUUGAGAUUCUCGAGGACAGUGCCAUUAAAGGAAAUGCUCAUCGCUUGCGAAGAGGGAUGGUCUACAAGCUCUUCAGCGCUCUGGUCGACUAUGAUGAGAACUACCAAUCAAUCCGUGAAGUUAUCCUUGACAGCGAGCACCACGAGGCCACUGCUUUGGUCAAGUUUCACGCGCCGCAGGCUAAUUUCCACCGCAACCCAUAUUGGAUUGACAGUUUUGGCCACCUGUCUGGAUUCAUCAUGAAUGCCAGCGAUGGAACUGACUCGAAGAACCAGGUCUUUGUGAACCACGGAUGGGAUUCGAUGCGAUGCCUGAAGAAGUUCUCGUCAGAUGUCAUUUACCGUACCUAUGUUAGGAUGCAGCCAUGGCGUGACUCUAUCUGGGCAGGCGAUGUCUACAUUUUCGAAGGUGAUGACAUUAUUGCCGUGUACGGGGGUGUCAAGUUCCAAGCUCUAUCGCGUAAGAUCCUUGACAUUGCCCUUCCACCAGCAGGAGCCCCGAAGGCGCAGACAUCGCCAGCACAGGCCCCAGGUCCGCAGAAGCCGACGCAAACUGCAGGCACCACCUCGCGCCCAGCGCCACCACCGAGAAUGAAAUCGUUCGUCAAAAAGUCAUCAGGGCCAAGCGUGGUUGUGCGAGCACUCAGUAUCCUAGCAUCAGAAGUAGGGCUGUCGGACUCCGACAUGUCUGACGACAUGGUGUUUGCCGACUACGGAGUUGACUCGUUAUUGUCAUUGACAGUGACCGGCAGGUACCGCGAGGAGUUGAACCUAGACUUGGAUUCAUCAGUCUUCAUCGAGCAGCCAACAGUCAGCGACUUCAAGCGACUUGUCGCACAGUUGAGCCCGUCGGAAUCCAGCGACUCAUCGUCCAGUGAACGUGAAUCUGAGUAUUCGUUCAACGGCGAUAGCUCUUCUGGACUAUCAACUGGGCUUUCAACUGGACUGUCAACCCCUGCAUCAUUUGGCAUUAUAUCACUGCCAAAUGAGAAGGUCAUGCAGAUUCAUGAGAACAAUACUAUGAAAGAGAUUCGAGCCAUCAUCGCCGAUGAAAUCGGCGUAUCGGCGGACGAGAUCAAGAGCGACGAGAACCUAGGCGAGAUGGGAAUGGACUCGCUUCUUUCUUUGACAGUCCUAGGCAGGAUCCGUGAGUCAGUGGAUCUGGACCUGCCCGGAGAGUUCUUCAUCGAGCACCAAACCCUUGACCAAAUCGAAACCGCCCUGGACCUGAAGCCCAAGAUUAUUCCAACCGCUGUCUCCCGCCCACAAGCCAUCGCCGUGCCAGAGAAAACGUCAAUCAACAGUGCCGGUAACAAUCACCCACCGGCAACAUCCAUCCUCCUUCAGGGCAACCCAAGGACAGCCACAAAAACCCUCUUCCUCUUUCCCGACGGCUCCGGGUCCGCAACCUCCUAUGCCACCAUCCCGGGUAUCUCCCCCACGGUUGCCGUCUACGGCCUCAACUGCCCGUACAUGAAGACGCCGGAAAAACUCAAAUGCAGCCUCGACUCCCUGACAGCACCCUACCUCGCCGAAAUCCGCCGCCGUCAACCAAAGGGCCCCUACAGUCUUGGCGGCUGGUCCGCAGGCGGAGUCUGCGCAUACGACGCCGCACGCAAACUCGUUUUAGAGGAAGGUGAAACCGUCGAAAGACUACUUCUCCUUGACUCCCCCUUCCCCAUUGGUCUCGAGAAGCUCCCGUCCCGUCUCUACGACUUUAUCGACUCCGUCGGGCUCUUCGGCGAGGGCAAGGCCGCGCCACCAGCCUGGCUGCUCCCUCACUUCAUGGCUUUCAUCGACUCGCUAGAUGCCUACAAGGCCGUCCCGCUCCCGUUCAAUGAGGCACAGUGGGCUGGAAAGCUACCGAAGACGUAUCUCGUUUGGGCUAAGGACGGGGUCUGCUCCAAGCCUGGGGACCCUUGGCCUGCACCUGCGGAAGAUGGCAGCAAGGAUACGCGCGAGAUGGUCUGGUUACUGGCCAAUAGGACGGAUCUUGGCCCCAAUGGCUGGGAUACGCUUGUUGGAAAGGGGAAUGUAGGUGGCAUUACUGUGAUUGAGGGUGCGAAUCACUUUACCAUGACGAGGGGCGAGAAGGCGAAGGAGCUUGCAGUCUUCAUGAGGAGUGCUUUGGGGGCUUAG